AUGUCGGGCAAAAGCUCCUUGUCGCUUGAAUCGAAGCAGGCUUCAGUCACAAUAGUCCAGGAGACGCCAGUCCCGACCAAAAAUUACGAUGUAUCAAAUGGUGUGUUGGCUGCGGGUGGGUCGUUGGAGUUCUAUGAGCCCAUCGAUGAAUAUGAAGGGAAACAUCGAUAUAACCCACUUGCAGAGUGGACAGAAAAGGAAGAGAAGCUACUGGUCCGAAAGCUCGACUAUAGAAUCUGCUCUUGGGUCUGUCUGAUGUUCUUUGCUCUUCAACUGGAUCGGGGUAAUAUCGGACAAGCAUUAUCCGACGGAAUGCUUGAUGACCUUGGGUUAACAACAAACAAUUAUAACUAUGGCAUGACGAUAUUCUACCUUUGCUUCCUGUGCGCCGAGGUGCCGUCGCAAAUGAUUUCGAAAAAGCUCGGCCCUGACGUAUGGAUUCCCAUUCAGAUGGUUCUUUGGAGUAUAGUCGGGAUCUGCCAGGGUCUUGUCACUGACGAAAAGAGCUUCUAUGCAACUCGGGCUCUGCUUGGUCUGAUAGAAGGUGGCUUUAUCCCUGAUGCACUCCUUUAUCUCUCCUACUUCUACACGAACAAUGAGAUGCCUAUGCGGGUCGCCUUUUUCUUCUGUGUCUCCAACAGUACCGGUAUUAUUGCUGCGUUCAUGGCCUUUGGCAUACUGCACAUGCGAGCCAUGGGCGGCUGGGAAGGCUGGAGAUGGCUGUUUGUUAUUGAGGGGGCUUUGACUCUCAUCAUUGGUGUCUUCUCGUGGUUUUAUCUACCGCCUAGUCCAACCCAGACUGCAAGCUGGUUUCGUGGGAAAGAUGGUUGGUUCUCGGAAAGGGAGGAAGUCAUCAUGGUCAAUCGAGUCUUGCGAGAUGACCCAGCAAAGGGUGGUAUGCAUAAUCGUCAAGGUUUAACAUUCAAACUUCUGUGGGACUCUCUCAUGGACUACGAUCUUUGGCCAAUGUAUCUAAUGAGUCUCACGAUGCUCAUCCCCGCCACCACUCCAUUAUCAUAUAUAACCCUCUUCCUGAGGUCACUUGGUUUUGAUACCUUCGAGGUCAAUCUUCUGACCAUUCCUGCAACGGUGUUGUUCCUGGUCCAAUUGAUCUUUUGGUCUUGGGUAUCUGAAAGAAUCAACAACCGCAUGGCCAUUGUGCUGUUCUGUUCCUUUUGGGUUUUUCCUCUUUUGAUGGCACUCGAGCUGAUGCCAGCAACUGCAAGUCCUUGGAGUUGGUACGCGGUUACAGUGUUGCUUAUCGGCUUUCCCUAUGUUCAUUCCAUUAAUGUCAGCCUCAUCUCCCGGAACUCUGGCUCUGUCCGCACCCGCACAGUUGGCAGUGCAGUGUAUAACAUGAUUACCCAAGCAGGUGCUAUCAUUUCUUCCAACAUAUACCGAACGGAUGAUCAACCCUUCUACCGGAAAGGAAACAAGGUCCUUCUUGCGAUUGUGGCAUGGAACGUUUGUAUUACCAUCUUCAUCAAGUUCUAUUAUAUACGGCGAAACAAAACACGUGAACAGAUUUGGGAUGCUAUGGAUCAGGAGCAGAAACACCAUUAUCUAAGCACGACGAAAGAUGAGGGCAACAAGAGAUUGGACUUCCGAUUUGCCCACUAA